AUGUGGGUCACCGGCAUAUUUGGCAGGAAGUCUGAGCAAUGCCAUUGCGAUACGGAAUCGUGGACAACUAAGUUUGAGGAAGACUUGCAAUAUAGAAGCCGUGUUACUUUCCAACCUCACUCCUAUUUCGGUGGACCUCCAUCAAACAAGACAGAUGAGAUGUGGAAACGACUUUCUCCCCCUGGUGAUGGUAUCGUGGAACUUCCAAUCGCAGCUGCAAAGAACCUUCCCGAGUCCCUGCCCGCCCCAAAUAAUCCAGAGACUAUGCUGGUUUACGGUGUAUCGGUCUUUCACCAGCUACACUGUCUGAACUUCCUACGAUUCGCCUAUUACCCCUCAUCCUUGCAGGAUAUGGACGAGGAAGAAGUUGAAUUCCACCGCGAUCACUGCCUUGACUAUAUCCGCCAAGUUCUAAUGUGCCAUGCAGACCCUACUUUCGAGCCCAUGAGUGAAGUAGGAAUCAAUGGCAUGGGGGCUAUCCAUCAGUGUCGUGAUUACGAUAAGAUCUUUUCUUGGGCCUAUGAACAUCGGUCAAAUAAAGUGCAUGGGUCGGGAUACACCGGUGGUAGACUCACGCAUACACCUGGCGACUUGAAUGAUUUUGAAAAGGGGCCACAUGCUGGACAUGGUCAUUGA